UUCUGCACUUUAUGAAUCUCACAAAGGCUCAAGAUAACGCAAAGAUUCUGCGAUAUAGACGUAGCUCCUCAGUGAGCAGACUCUGCCAGACAGGUUGUGCGACCUGCUCGACCCUGAAUGGCUGUCUGUCCUGUAAACCUCGCCUCUUCUUCCACCUGGAGAUGGAUGGGAUGAGGCAGAGGGGUACCUGUCUGUCAACGUGCCCCCGGGGUCACUAUGGCACCCGCUCGCCACAAAUCAACACCUGCACCAAGUGCAAGGAGGACUGCGCGUCCUGCUUCAGUGAAACUUUCUGCACACGCUGUCAUCCAGGCCACUUCCUGUUCCGGGGCAAAUGUGAAAACAGCUGUCCAAAGGGGCUGACGGCAAACACAGCAAUGCGGGAAUGCACAGACUGCCCUGUAGGCUGUGAGCUGUGUGAGAGGAGGAACAUGUGUAUGAGGUGUAGAGCAGACCUGUACUUCCUCGAUGGCGAGUGCCACCUCACCUGCCCGAGCGGAUUUGAGCCAGAUGUACAGCUUAUGCAGUGCAUCCCCCAAGUGCACUGUGAGGUAGGGGAAUGGACAGAGUGGGGUCCAUGUGUUCGGAAACGCGGCACGCGGGCCCACAGGAAGGGAAAGGAGACACGUACCCGACAAGUCCUGCGCUCCCCAACUAAUAUCGGUGACCCCUGCCCUCACGUGUCAGAGACCAGGAAGUGUGUCAUCAAAAAGAGACUGAGACGAAAUAAGCUGUAAUAAAUUCAAAGGGAGAUCCUUCUGAAAUAUUUGCUGAAAUCUUUGACACAAUCACAUUUUACAUUAGGUGGAAACUAAAAAAAUGUGGAUUAUUCUUGUAAAUUGUAAAAAUGUAAAAGUAAAACUGUAUUCAUCUCAAAUAAAACUGAUUUUUAUAUGCAUUCCAGCAGAAGUUAAUAGAAAGGAUGGAUGAAUAUGAUCAAAAUCCAUUAUAACUUUUUUUUUUCUUCCAAGAAAUUCAACAUCUUUGCACCACCUUUGGACUCAUCUGGAUCUAUUAUAUGAACAGUGCUUAUACUGAAUUGAUGCCACUGGUGGCCAGCCAUGGUAAAAUUAGAUUUUGGUUUUACGGACUGAUGGCCUGAGAUGACUGUAGUUGAGUGUAUGCCUUUUGGCAUUUUUGUGAAGACUCCUGAGUGACUGUCUUCUUACUUGUAAUACAUUUCAUUAAGAUGUAUAUAAUGUUUAUCAAAACAUUGCCCCUCUAAGGACAGAAAACAGCUGUACUCACAUGUGACAGUAGGAAAAUCCCAAGACUAAAUGAAUUGUAUUAGUUUCUUUGGUUUCUGGGUCCUCGUAUUGUGCCUUCUGGCUUGCUGUCACGUGGCUUGAAGGACGCUUGAAUAGAACAGAGCCAUCACUAAUGGUAUUAGUAAGAUGUGAAUUUGUUACUAGGACCAGU